UGCCGCUGCCAGGGCGGGCCCCGCGCCUUGCCGCCCCGGGGCGUUGGAAGGCCGCCCGCAGGCCGGCUUCGUCGUGCUAAGCGCUGCCCGGGCACCUACGGCCAGCGGCCCUCUGUCGGGGGCAGGGCGGGUCCUCCUGCUGAGGGGUGGGCAGGCGGAGGAACGCCACGGCAAGUCAGCAGAGGGAGCUGAGGCAGCUUUGGAGAAUUCGUCCUCGGUAAAAAUGCCUCUGGAAGAACCUCCUUAGCUGCCUUCUCCGGCCUCCAGAAAGGAGACAAAGCCAAUCCAGCGCAUUGCACAGGGCACAAGUGACCACCGCUCGGAUUUUGACACCAUUUGUGGAAAAAAUUGCACCGUUCACACCCACCCUGCACAGUUUAGAUGCUCUCACCCAAUACACGCCUUCCCCGCACCUCCACUCGGCCGAAAGCGGCACCCGCUCGGCCAGCGAGGUCACGGCACUGUCCCUGAAGCCGGGCAGCUUUUGCAAGCCGUUGACAUCACAGAGGUGUCAGCUGGCACUGAGUGCGACAUGGAGACGCUCCAGCCACCGUUCCGCACUUGCCAAUGUAGAAACCGGGCUCGGUUUCGAGCCAGGCACUCUGCCAAGGAGUCAGGUGAGUCACGGACACAAAGCACUUCCCGACAGCCUUGCAGCCGGACACCUCCUCGGCAUGGCUGUGAUGGUAAUGCAGCUUCCAUAGGGCUGCUUGCAGACCCAAAGGGCUGAGUGGCCUGGAAGGUCUUAGACCAUGUCUCCUUCAGGUAGACCACAGCCCCUGAGCCUCAUGUUUCUUUUGGGGAUGGGGAUGGCAUCGGAGAGGAUCAACUGCCCAAGCAGGUGUAGCUGUCAGUACCUGGAAGUGAACUGCACAGGGCAGCAGUUGCAGGAGUUCCCUGCGGCCAUCCCGCUGGACACCAGGCAGCUGAUUCUGGCGGCAAACAACGUCUCGUACCUGCCAGCAGUGGAAUUGAGCUUCUUGGCUGAUUUGGUCUAUCUGGACUGCAGGAAGAACCUCUUGGGGGAUGACCUGGAUUUCACUUUCAUUGGUGUGGCCAAGCUUGUCUAUCUGGACCUCAGCUUCAACAACCUCACACAGGUCACCUUCAGCACCUUCUCACACCUCCUUAGCCUCGUGGUGCUGAAGAUCUCGGACAAUCCCAACCUUGUAGCCAUCGAGAAGGAUGCUUUUGCCAACAACACCUGGCUGAGGCACCUGGAUGUGAGCCGGACAGGCUUAAAGUUCCUGGACACCAGCACUGUCCGGGACCUGCCCAACCUGAGGUUUCUGGGGCUCAGUGACAACCUGUGGCACUGCAACUGUUCCUUUUUGGACUUCAUCACCUGGAUGACAGAGAGCAACGUUCUUUUUCCAGAUGCUGACAACAUCACCUGCUACACCCCAGAAGGCCUGCGUGCCCUGAAAAUGCCUGCAGUGGAGGCACAGCUCCACUUCAACUGCCUGACCCGGCUGUACAAGCAAGACUACAUCUUUCUGUGUCUCAUUGGCUUCUGCAUAUUCUUUGCCGGCACUGUGGCAGCCUGGCUGGCUGGUGUCUGUGCUGUCAUCUACGCAGUCCACACUUCACAGGGGGAGGAGGAUGAGGAUGAGGAUGACACAGUCACUUAGGAUCAGCCCUACAAAUCCUUCUGAAUGCCUGUCGUGGGAACUGAAGGCAGGCCCUUCCUGCCCAAUUUCCCACAUUAUGUCCCAUUCUAGAUGCUAUUUUUUUGAAGUGAAAUAAAACUGCAAGAGAAGAAAAGUCUCUGUGCUCCAGUUUCACUCACUGUGCUACCUCCACA